AUGAUUAUCAAAAUUUUUCCAGAUCUGCCACCGACCGCAUCACCAUCAGCAGUAAUAACUCGCAGCUUGAUAAUCAGGACGAAGUAUAUCAAUGAUCUGACAACAACAACGACUUCAUCAACUCUCCCAUCAGCUACAUCAACCACUACACUAUCAUCAGAAAUAACUACCGGCACAAUCACUACCAUCUCCACUGUUACUAUCGCAACAACUAUCACCACUACCCCCACUACUAUAGUUCCAGGGAUUACUCAUAUCAUAGAAACUACUCUUUUUACUCCAUCGUCUACACAUACAGAAUCAAACUCUUCAUCUUUCGAUGUAACAGUUGAGAAACAAUUCACACAGAGGCGAGAGAAACAGGCUGGUCAUGAAGAAGGUGCAAAUCCAUGUAAAUAUGGUAGACCAGCGAAGGGUUUCGACCAGGAGCAAUUGCUAUGCAGUUCGCUAAAUUUAUUGGCAUGCCCUAAGGGAUUUUUUUGCCAUAUUGGAGCUUCUCAGGCGGAAACAGCUUGCUGUAAAAGAUCUGGACUAGCAGAUCCCUGUAGUUUACCAGCGGACGAAGGCAAAGGUAAUGCGCGAUUAAAACGGUACUACUACAACGAUAACUCCGGCAAAUGCCAGCAAUUUAUUUAUCGUGGAGUUAAAGGCAAUGAAAAUAAUUUCCGCACUUAUGAAGAAUGCAAGUACAGAUGCAUGCGAUGGGAUUUGGUUUGUGAAGUAGCACCGAAAGUUUCCGAGCGUCGCAGAUGUUCAAUAAAACGUCGUGAGUGUGGUGACGAGCAAUGGUGUCACAUUGGCACCAGUACUUAUUCGUCGUUAUGUUGCGCUGGAAAAUCGAUUAGUCCUUGUGAACUACCUGUUUCACAGGGCGAAGGAAAUGAAACAAUCGCUCGAUGGUUUGCGGAUCGGAACGAUCGCUCCUGCACUUCGCAGUGCAAAAUGUUCAUCUAUAAAGGAUUAAAAGGAAAUCAAAAUAAUUUUCUCACUAAGGAAGACUGCGAGGAACAGUGCAAACAGAACUGCGAAGAUCCCUGCGGUACUGGAAUAAUGCUUCUAACGUCACGAGAUAUGCCAUUUUUUUGCUCUUCAACGAACAUUUGUCCACGUAAUUAUUGGUGUCAUAUAGGUGCACACACUGAUACCACCGUUUGUUGUCCAGAAAGUGGUAUAAACCGUUGUCAGCAACCUGUGGUCGAAGGCACCGGAAACAGUAGUUUACUGAGAUGGUAUUUUGAACAGACCUUACACAAGUGCAUUACAUUUUAUUAUCGAGGAAAAGAAGGAAAUCAAAAUUCUUUCUUGACAGAAGGUGACUGCAGCGAUGCAUGUCCUACAUAUGAGAAUCCAUGCGAUAGUGGGGAACCGCUUCUGAAGGAUAGUAAACCAAAAAGAUGUAGUCCGGAAGAGCUUUGCCCCCAUGAAUACUAUUGUCACAUUGGAGCGGAUGGAACACAGAACUUCUGUUGUCGUAAAAAUGGGAAUCCAUGUGAUCAACCGGUGAAUCAAGGAGAAGGAAAGUCUUUGCUUUUAAGGUAUUAUUACGAUAAGGAUUCCCAUCGAUGUCAUGGAUUUGUUUAUCUUGGCUCAAGAGGAAAUGCGAAUAAUUUCUUGAGCGAAGAAGAUUGUGAAGCAACGUGUCCCACAGUGCCAAAUCCAUGUGCAUAUGGUAGACCACUUAAGAAUGCUCAAAACGAACCCAUAAUUUGCGGUGGUAGUGAAGACUGUCCCGAUAAUUAUUAUUGUCAUAUUGGAAGUUCUCCAGAGACGACAAACUGUUGUCCAGGAUCUAACGAUAUAUGUAAAUUGUCAUUAGAAGUUGGGAAAGGUGCGAAACAGCUGCAGAGAUGGUAUUUUGAUCAGGAACAACAAAUGUGUCAUCAGUUUGUUUAUCGCGGUCUUUAUGGCAAUGCCAACAAUUUUAUCACACGAGAGAGCUGUCAACAGAUUUGCGAAGAGAUGAAUCCAUGCGGAAGCGGAACACCGCUAACAGACCAAGACGGAAGGCGAAUUUUUUGCAAAUCAAGUAUAUCAGAUGAAUGCCCAAACGAUUACUUUUGUCAUAAGGGGUCAUCACCUCUAAGAAUGCAAUGCUGUCCUCGUCAAGGCAAGAAUUUAUGUGAACAACCACUAUCAAUUGGGUAUGGCGGUGAAGAGCUUCCACGGUGGUUUUAUGAUGCGAGCAGUAAAAAGUGCUUGGAAUUUAUUUAUGGUGGUUUGGGUGGCAAUGAAAAUAAUUUCCUUUCAAGGAAUAGUUGUGAAAUUUCUUGCAGAGAAAAAGAGGAUUAUUGCCCUCAUGGUGAUCCACUUAUGGAAGCAUCUGGAAAAACUCUGGCCAAGUGUGGAGUGGAUGAUGCAUGUCCGUUAGGAUUCAUAUGCAACAUAAAUGUUGAAAAAAAUACUACUGCAUGUUGCCAGGAUCCUGCAAAUUUCUGUUUGCAACCAAUGGAUGCAGGGCGACAAUGUAAGGAAUUCGAAACGCGAUAUGGAUACGAUCCAGAAUUGGAUGAUUGUGUUUAUUAUCAAUAUGGAGGAUGUGGUGGUACGUUGAAUAAUUUCGAAACGUUGGAAAAAUGCACCGAAAUUUGUUGCAAGAACGACUAA